AUGGUGGCAUUCUCAUCUGGAGUGAGCAAGCUGACGGAUGGGUUAUCAAUCGAGUCCUAUAUCUGGGUAUUCGUCUUCGCGAAGACAGGGCAAGCAGCGUUGGAGCCGCAGGCGAUGUUGCACUUCAGGACAAUCGCACCGACGCAAGCUGCCAAGGAUUUCGCACCUGCACGCUGUUUUCUGUACUUCGUGAAGACCAUUGGCUCUGUGCGGUCUUCAGGAGAGCAGUUGUUAAGGGUUGGAACUGCUUGCAAGGGAACGCGAGGAGCACGCAUUGAAUUUUCUUUGCGUUGUUGCGCUGAUCACGAUGCGCGCCUGUUGUGUUGGAAGCGCCUUGAGUUUUUUGCAAAGGUAACGAGACACAUGAAGGCCUCGUUGAGCUUCGAUAGGCGCGGUGAAGUGUGGAAUGUCAAUCAGGGUCUGUAUGAUGGUACUCGUUUUGCCGGGAACUGGGCAGAGCUCCCGGCAA